AUGGACGAUUUAAAGAAAAUGUGCUGCCGAAUUUGUCUAAAAGACGCCGAGCCUCCAGUGGACAUUUUUGCUAAGCAGACACCCGAUGAGAGCUUGCCCUACGAGCCGGAAGACAUUCCGGCCAAUCUGAUUAAGGAGUGCACCAGGUUGAAUGUGGAUGAAGGAGACGGCCAUCAUCAGCAUUUAUGCGAGCCAUGCUUUAAGGCGCUGCGGAAAGCGUAUCGAUUCAAGCGCAGGUACAGCCGGAGCAUGCAGAGGUAUGCACCAGUGAAGAGAGAACUAACUGACGAGCAGACUUCCAUAAUUCCAAAUGACGCGGCCCUGGAGCAGACUGUAAACGUGAAGAACGAGAUAGAUGUCGAUGCUGUUGAUUCCACUGCGCCGGUUUUUAACGAGGCGGAAAACGACAACACUGCGGCGGAAUAUUUUGAGAUCAUCGAGACCGACGACUUAGACUUAACAAACAUCAAAACCGAGGAGGACGGGGACUUGGAGGAGAUGGGCAACACCAUUACCCCCGACACGCCGCUGAUGAAGAGGCCUUUCACCAUCAGGGUAGUAGCGCAGGAGGAGGAUCCACCGCCAAAUAUUGCCGGACCACCACCGCUCCUCUACCAGUGUAUACACUGUCCAAAGACGUUCCCAAAGAAGGUCCAGCUCAUACUCCACAGUCGUUCCCACAAAAAAGAGAAGAGUUCAAACGAGGACGAUCAACCGGCAGAAAUGAAUAACUAG